AAUUUACUCAUCUCCAUCUCCCACACCAGAGCCCCGCCCCGACGCGUCUUGUGGAUAAUGUUUUGUGCUAACAGCUAAUAACUAGUCUGCUGCUAUUUGUUGUCAUGUAGAGAAAAGCUACUUCAGGAAUUAUUAAAUAACACUGGAUGCAUUGGUGUGUGGUAAAAGCUCUCCAGCAUGUCAGAAGUGGUCAAAUGAGAAAAACUGUGAGAAUACAUUCUUAUAUGGCAUGUGACGAGACAUUUAGCUCACGAGACAGGACACAAGAUCUGGUCCUGUGGGUGUCAGUAUCACACAAUGAUCACAGUUCACAGCUGCAGUGAAGCUCCUCCUGCAACAAUUCACCAAUAAAUACUGGGAAUAUUCACAUCAUCCUACAAGAGAAGGACAGACUCCAGGUGUAGCAGCUGAAAUCUGUGUGACUGUUAAAGAUGGAGUUUAUUAAAGAGGAGAUUGAAGACAUGAGUAUUUUUCAGAACCAUCCAGAGUAAAAGAUGAAGAUACUGAGGGAACAAAUAGGUUUGUGUCCAUUCUUGAUUCUUCAUCAUUGACUGCUGAGAAAUAUUAAUAAAACUUUAUUUUGGUGGCUGUGAAAUGAGCAAAUUAGAGAUGAUAAAUGAUUAUGAAAUGAUCAUAAUCUUGUAAAGCUGUUGUCAUCCACAAUUUAAAUUGAUUAACCCCUUGAUAAGCACCCCAAACAGGAAAAAACAGCUUGAGCUUGAACUCAAAUGGUUGUCUUUUCUAAACCCAUUUAAUUAUGAGCAUAGUUGUGGUAUUAUUUGAAAGACAAUUCAACUUUCAAAAUUUAUACAAGUAAAAAAUAUCAAGUUAGACAAGCUGAAAUAUAAUGGAAUGAAAAUGUGCCCAAAGCCACACGUCUUAAGAACUUAUGUUUCAAGUUCAGAUCAUAAAUUAUUAGCACAAUGAUGGCCAAUCAUUCAGGCAAAAGACCAUGAUUGAAUCUCCAAAAACAGUUGGUUGUCUCAAAACUUACAAAUGGCAUCAUGGCAUUGCCAUGAUUCUGCCGCUGACUUUACUAUCUGACUCAUUCUCCUCCUUGCUUCUUCUCUAACAUCCUCAUGAGGAAAAUAAAACAUUUUUGGGCAACAAGAAUUCGUUUUUCAAUAUGUAAGGGAAAAACAGUGCAGCCUGGCAUGCAGAAGAAUAACAGUGACAGGUGCACCUGUCAGACAAGAUCUGUCUUCUGAAUGGUCUAGACGGCUGUACACAAUCAUAAAAUGUGCGUAUGCAGAACAUUAACAGCACACACAUUGUUGGAAUCAUCUUGGUGUUGGCUAAAAGUUUUUACAACAAUUACAAUGGCUGAAGAAUAUACCUGUCAAGAUGUCACUAAAUAUGACAGCGCUGCUUGGAUAUUAUAAGUAAAACUACCACCCUGUUUUAAAAAAUAAACUUUGGAGGCAGGCUCAUUUGUUUGUGAGAGUCUAAUGUAUAUGAUCGUAUGCAAUUUUGCAACAUAAUCGGUGCUGAGAUUGUGUAAUUUAUUGAAGAAAGAUAGCAGAUUGUUCAGGUGAAAUCUGAUGGAAACAAUUGACAGUAUAUCAAUAUUUCACGGAUUUAAUGCUUAAUGCUGUUGGAUGUUUUUCAGUUGACACUUGUCAUGGACGUUUUACCCAAGUGCGGUCUAUCUUGUGGUUGCUAUUUCAUAACAAAUAUGAAGUCCUGUUUUGAUUUGGCAUGUUGUCAUUUGCACUCCCGACACAAAUUACAAUAUUACUGUAGCCGGACUAUCUAUAUCAUAAAACGGAAACUGUAGAUUGACAAUAAACCCUCCAAACUUUCAAAUGAUGUAUAAUUUGAAAGUAUUCUAUAUAGUAAAAGUAAACCAUGGUAAACAAAAUGACGUCAAGUCCAAGGUCGGGUCAGUGCAUGUCAAGAGGUUAACAAGAAAAUAAAAGAAAUAAAACAUCAAAGAUCUGAUUCUUGAUACUCUGUUGCUUUCUUCUGUUAAAUCAGAGUUCACCUGAACUUAUUUUAAUCACAUAAUAUUUUUAUUUUAGACUGGAUGGAGAUGAAACCACAAAUACAUGAAGCAGAGGAGGAGAAGCAGAGCAUAAAAACUCGAACAAAAGCUAAUAAGCCGUACACCUGCCCUCAGUGUGGAAAGAGUUUCAGUCAAAAAGCAAACCUUGACAAACACUUUAGAAUUCACACUGGAGAAAAACCGUUUACAUGCACUCAGUGUGGAGUUUUUCUCAAGCAUUUGGUCUCAGUGUUCAUUUGCGCAUUCAUUCUGGAGAAAAAACAUUUAACUGUGAUCAUUGUGGUAAAAAUCUUAUUUUAUCAUCUUAUCAUCACAUCUAAAAAUCACCUGAAUGUUCAUUCGGAUGAGAAGCCUUAUGUGUGUUCUUUCUGCGGAAAUAGUUUUUCAUGGCUGCAGAGUUUUAAACUGCACCAGAAAACACAUGAUGAAGUAAAAGAUCAUGUGUGUUGUGACUGUGGGAAGAGCUUUACAACAUCUAGUCAUUUAAAACAGCACCAAAGAAUUCAUACUGGAGAAAAACCUUACAAGUGCUCAUAUUGUGACAAGAGUUUCACUGUGUCUGGAAACCUGAAAUCACAUGUGCGAGAUCAUCAUGGAGAGAAGCCAUACCACAGUACUCAGUGUGGGGAGGAUUUUAGUACUUUAACACGUCUUCACACUCAUCUGAAAAAAUGUUCCAAAUGUGAUCCUGUGGGCGUCAGUAUCACACAGUGAUCACAGUUCACACCUGCAGUGAACACAACAAUUCACCAAUAAAGACUGGGAAUAUUCACAUCGUCCUACAAGAGAAGGACAAACUCCAGGUGUAGCAGCUGAAAUCUGUGUGACUGUUAAAGAUGGAGUUUAUUAAAGAGGAGACUGAAGACACGAGUAUUUCAGAACCAUCCAGAAUAAAACAUGAAGAUACUGAGGAACAAACAGAGUGAUCACAGCUCUUCCAAAAUAAUUCCACAAGAAAUGCUGGGAAUAUUCUCACCAUCAAGGCAAGAAGUGCAUCCAAAAAAUCAGGAGAAACUAGGUGUUUCUGUGUGCCGUACUAUGGUACAGAUGGAGUUUAUUAAAGAGGAGAGUGAACCAGAACGAUCCAGAGUAAAACAUGAAGAUAUUGAGGAACAAAAAGACCUGAACGAAGUGAAGGAGGAAAAACAACUGAAUGAUGUGGAGAAGAUACAUCAGCACCAAAAUCCACAUACUGGAAAAAUGUGGUCAGAGAUUGAAAAGAAUUGCUUUCAGGACAGAACUCAGAGAACCGAAGCCAAAUACUCCUUCACCUGCCCUCAAUGUGGAAAGAGUUUCACACGAAAAGGAUAUUUUAUUAGUCACAUACGAGUUCACACUGGCGAGCGACCAUAUACAUGCCCUCAAUGUGGAAAGAGCUUCACACGAAAAGGAUGUUUUACUAGUCACAUACGAAUUCACACUGGAGAGCGACCGCAUACAUGCCCUCAAUGUGGAAAGAGCUUCACACACAAAAGCAACCUUAAGGAACACUUAAGAGUUCACACUACAGUGAAACCGUACACCUGUCCUCAGUGUGGAAAGAGAUUCAGACAUCCCAGUAACCUGAAGAACCACCAAACAAGACUUCACAUCAGAGAGAGACCUUUCACAUGCCCGCAAUGCGGCAAGAGUUUCAUACAAAAAGGAGAUUUAAAACGGCACAUACUAAUUCACACUGGAGAAAAGCCGUACACAUGCCAUCAGUGUGGAAAGAGUUUCAGACAGCCAAAUCAGCGCAACGAUCACCUGCGCUCUCACACUGUAACGGUUAUAAAACACCUGAACACUCAUGAAAAAGAGAAGCCUCACUUGUGUGAUAUUUGUGGAAAGAGUUUUUCACGGCUGAGCCAUUUAAAUGAGCACAAGAAAAUACACACCAGCGUGAGAGAUCAUGUGUGUUUAGAGUGCGGGAAGAGCUUCAUAAGAGUCGGACACUUGAAUACGCACUUGAGAAUUCAUACUGGAGAAAAACCUUACAAGUGCUCCCGUUGUGAGAAGAGUUUUGGCAGAGCGGGAUCCCUGAAAGCACAUGAGCGAGUUCAUACUGGAGAGAAGCCGUACCACUGUGCUCUAUGUGGGAAGAGAUUCUCCCGAUCAGGAAGUUUGUGUACUCAUAAAAAACGCUGUCCAAAGUUGUCACAGUGAGCAGAAUUCAUUUUCAGAUCCAGCCAAGUCAAGCUUUCAAUUCAGAAAAGCCAAAUGUGGAGUCAUGUUGUUCAUCGAAGGAAGUUUAGGUGAAGGGAUCAUAUUAAAGGGUUAGUUCACCCAAAAUGAAAAUUCUGUCAUUAAUUACUCUCCCUCAUGCUGUUCUACACCCGUAAGAAUUUUGUUCAUCUUCGGACACAAAUUAAGAUA